AUUUUGACAACUGAAACUAAAAGCUAUCAACCAGCGCAGUAGCAGACUGGAAGAAGAGAAACAAUGACGGAGAACGAGAAGCGCUACGACCCCAGGGAUACUAGCCUGAAGUUCGUGCAGCGGAGGGAUGAAAUCACCCUUGAUGAUGACCCAGACAUCCUUAGAGCAGAGAUGUCCUGUGGCCAUGCUGUCACAGCACAGUCCCUUACAGCAUGGUGCCGCAGUCUUCUGGACCAGGGCCAGUACAAGUUCAAGUGUCCAGCCCUAAAAGAUGGAACAAUUGAGAAGUGUGGUGCUGUGUGGACAUAUUCAGAAGUGCGGAGGAUGGCUUUACUAACUCAGGAGGAGCAAAACCAUUUUGAGGAAACCAUGGCUGUUUUAGCAGUUGCUGAGUAUUGUGAAUACAACUCAUGCCCUGGUUGCAAGUCAUUUGUUGAGAGGGAGGAUUUGACCAAUCUCUGUGUGAACUGCAUCAUCUGUACAGCAGAGACUGGUAAGACCUAUCACUUCUGCUGGCAGUGCCUGAAGAAAUGGAAGGGGCCAGGCCCUCGCUCAGACCGCUGUGACAAUGCAGGCUGCAAUAACCCUCUCCUUGAGAACCUCUUAAAAUGCCCUGAUAUAAUCCUUCCCUAUGUACGAAAUCUUAAAGUCCCCUCCCUGCGAGCUUGCCCCACCUGUGGCAAUGUGGUUGAACAUGACAAAACUGGAUGCAAGAAUAUCAUAUGCAAUCGCUGUCAGAUUGAAUUCUGCUUUUCUUGUUUAAAGUUAACCCCUGUUUGCCUAGAAACAAGUUCACACUUCAUACCCUGCUCAGAUGGAGUCGCCCCUCGGCAAACUUCCAUUCCAUCCUGGAAAAAAUAGCCUCCAAAAAUACUGUGCAUCCUGUUUUAAACAGAAAUAGGGGGUGGGGGUGGGAAGAUUCAUCAUAAAACCUUAAGUGAAUUAAGGAUUACAUUACAUUACAUUACAUUACAUUUGGCAGACGCUUUUGUCCAAAGCGACUUACAAUAUUGAAGUGCAAAUAAUAGAAGAGGUUAAGUACAAAAAUAAUAGAAGUUAAAAAUAAAGCAUCUAUAGAUAGGGCCUUAAGGAGUUCAGAGGGAAAUAAUGGGAUAGAGGAGUAGAGAAGAGGAAGAAGGAGAUGAGGUUAGAAUUAGUUAGUUUGUUAGAGGUGUUAGGAGAGUAAGUGCUCUUUGAAGAGCUCUUAAAUUGUAUAUGAUGCUAAAUAAAGAGGCAAGACCUCACCAUGUUCCUCCUCCCAAAUUUUUGUCAUUUUCAUAAAACCACAUACAAAAAAAAAACUUCCAUUCCAGCCUCCAGAAAUACUCUGCGUCCUGUUUCUGACAGAAAUUGCCAUAAUGCUAUAUUCAUUUUAUGUGGGUUUAUUUGUGUUAUAAUCGUUAUCAGGUGUUGUAGUGGCUGUUCUUAAAGUCUUGACCUUCUUUCAUUGGAUAAACAAAUAACCACUCAAUAAGGUUGAACGACGGUAUAAAACAGUGUGUUCGCCCCGUCUUUACUGAAGAUCUCACAUAUUACAAGCCAAAACACACAGUCACUCUCCUCUGCAUGCGUGAGCUUCAAACGUCAUACCUUGCUCAGAAUUCAUUUGUUUGUUUGUUUUUUUAGCAUCAAAGCUCAAAGGCAUGUUUUUUUUCUGCAUCAAUAUUUACUGUCCAGCUUUCACAGCUAUGAAAUUACUGUGGUUUAAUGUAAUGCAUAGUGUAAAUUAAAUACAAAUAAAAUACAGCAGUAAAAUUC